CUCUGCCGGAACAUUUAACACACUCAUACACACUGGCACAGUUACAAGCGGUUGGGAUCCUGCUACAUGAGUCGAGGCAGGUUGUGUGAGAGACAUAGACAGAGCGAUACAUGCCAGCAGCAGCAGCAGGUUGAUUUAAGGAACGCACCAAAAAGGAAAGACAUAACGCGGAGAAAAUAUUUGGAGCACCUGUCCCUGUCGUGUUAUUAUUUUGUUGCGUUGCCAUAUUAAUCUGGAAAGUUCCUAGAAUCAGAUUCAUUUGUAAUCGUGCGGUAGGACUCCGGGUGCCAAAUGCUUCUACAUCCGCUGAUGAACGGGGCCCUGGAAAUCAUGCAUCCCAGCAGUAUUCAAAAAGACACUACUUUCACCAAGAUCUUUGUCGGUGGUUUGCCUUACCACACGAACGACGCGUCGUUGCGAAAAUAUUUCGAGGCUUUCGGCGACAUAGACGAAGCGGUGGUGAUAACGGACAGACAGACCGGGAAAUCUAGAGGUUACGGCUUUGUCACUAUGACGGACCGGGGGGCGGCGGAGAGGGCCUGUAAAGACCCCAACCCCAUCAUCGACGGCAGGAAGGCCAACGUGAACCUGGCCUACCUGGGGGCCAAGCCUCGGAGUAUGCAGACAGGUGAGGAGCACGCUGGCCUCUCCAUCGGAGUGCAGCCCAUUCACCCUGCGCUUGUCCAGAGGCAGUAUGGGCUGGCCCAGCAGUACCUCUACCCCCAGGCCUUCGUGCAGCCCAGCCUGGUGCUGCCCUCCCAGGUGUCCUCGGUGGGCUCCAGCCCCUACCUGGACUACAACACGGCCGCCGCCUACUCCCAGUACGCCCAGGCCGCCUUCGACCAGCACUACCCCUACGCCCCCUCGCCCGCCAGCUUCAUGGGCUACGCCUACGCCCCCGGCUCCGCCUCCUCCGGGACCAGCUCUGCCGCCACCGCCGCCACGGCCGCCGCCGCCUCCAGCCUGGCGGCCAUGCACGCCAGCCUGGCCUCCUCCGGCGCCGCCGGCCAAUCACAGGCCUUCCUCCACUACCCUCCGCAGCAGCAUGUCCAGCCCGAGCGCAUGCAGUGAGUGCGGGGGGGGGGGGAGGGGGGUGGGGGUCGACUGGCGGGCCGGAGACGCGCGGCGGACGGACGGUUCUGAGGCUUCAGAACGCAGCGGGGACACUGUUAGCGUGUCCUUUAGCGGGGGGGUCUUCAGGCAUAGGGAGAAGACUAUUGCACUAUACCAUCAGGACAAGUACCUCCUCCAUAGGGCGAAGGGGUUGAGGGGGGCGGGGUUUAGAGGCCAUGCCUGGGCUGGUUGAGGAUACAAGGGGUCUGUAGGGAAGCUGUAUGGAUGUGUGUGUGUGUGUGUGCGUGCGCAUGGAUGUACGUAUGGAUGCGUGUGUGUGUGUGUGUGUGGAUGUACGAAUGUAUGGAUGUGCUUCAAAGGGCUUUUGGAAACCUUUUUUCUUUUUGUAUAAUCAUUAUCAUGGUCUUUUUAUUAUUCUAUAAAUGUCGUUAUCCAUGUUUAUUUACCCUGUUCUUAUCAAUGUAUGUAUCGUUAUUAGUUUUUCUGCUCCACCAGCAGAAUCCCAGAGUGAGUCCUGUGGUCUCCUCGAUACGAGAGAACUCACGAGCAGGUACACAGCUUGUGCUGCUCUGGGACAAUGGAGACACGAAACGGGGUUAGAGAGAGAUAAGUGGGGCGGGGCGGGGCAAGACAAUUGCUUUGGAUAGGAAGGGACACACACACACACACACACACACACACACACACACACACACACACACACACACACACACACACACACACACACACACACACACACACACACACACACACACAAAGAGUAACACACACAAAGAGUAACACACACACACUUUUUAUCUCAAGCCUUUCUCCAAUUUUUAUUAAAGAGGCCUUAUAAAAAAAUAAACGUUUUUACUAAAGAUUUCACACUUUUUUUUGUUUUAACCAGCACUCCUUCGCCUUGCAGCAGAAUAAAACAAAGUGCAUCCCAUAAUUAACCAGAUCCCUAGUGGCACUAGUGUGUCACAUUAUUCUGAGGUUCUGGAUGGUUCUCAAGGAGGGAGGGUCUGGAGUGCUGGGGUACGUCCUGUCAGGUAGCGGACACUGAGCUAAGACACCAGUGCGUUUCUAUAAAUGUCCUUUUUAUGUUCUUGUAUUUUUAAACUGUUAAUCUGUCACUCUCCAAAGGUCAUUCAUUGUACAGCAUUUUUAUAAAUGUUUCAGUUAAACAAUAUUUAUGAGUAGGUAUUUAUAGGAGAUUCUAAGUUAAAAUGCUUAUUUUUUUGUGUUAUUACAAUUUGUGGCACUGAAGGUGUAGCCCUCCAGGCUGACCUCUACAUCCACAGGGACAAUUUUUGUAUAUCAGCCUAGUUUCUAUCCAGAUGUCAUGUCGGGGAACAUUUCUGUGGGUAAGAACAGCACCUAGGAGGCUCUUGUAGGGCUCUCAUGCUGAGACACAAAUGCUAGAUUUGUUUCAAUAAGAUGUCCUUUACAGUCCAUUCAAGGAAGCCAUACCAAAAAAAAAUAAAAAUAAAGACUUUGUAUUGUAAAGAUUAA